GAAUAACUAAACACUUUUUCAUCAACUUUCUAGAUCAAUAGUCGAGAUUUUCUUGCGAAUUUUUACUGUUUUCUACAGAUGUGAAGCCUUUCGUGCACUCAGUAUACUCCUAAAGAAAAGGACCACACCCAAGGUUUUGUACGACGUGAUUACAAGUUUCUUUUUUCUUUUUCUUUUUUAAGACCUGGUGACAAUGGCACGACAUCCACAGUCACCAUGGCCUACUAGGACGCUGCCCUAUUGUUCAGAAUAAAUUGGUUUAGUCUUAGAACAUCUUGGUGUAAACAUGUUCGUCUGAUGACACUAUCCAGUUUUCUCUCCGUACUGUUACAUUUAAUCAUGAAUGCUUAAGCAAUUUUUUUUGCUUUUAAGAUAUAAGAUGGUAGCGCCUUCGUUAUUUUGGAUAGUUUUAAUUUUUCUUUGUAGUAUUUUACAAGUAAGCUAUGCAGUUGACUGUUUCACUUGCAGUGUCGAUUUCCGAAGCCAGCCUUUCGAACAAAACAAUUCUUGCUUGUUUCCUACCAAGGAUAACGAGAAAACACGAUGCAGCGAUUCCUCCAAAUUUUGUCAAGGAGUUGUUACCAGAAUAAAUGGCGUCUUUGUCCAGCUACAGAGGACGUGCGAAACAGAUUGUACGCAGAUUUGUGUUGAAAAAGGAUUCGGAAUCGAAACAAGCGAGUGCAAAUUUUGUUGCAACAAGAAUCCGGAUUGCGGAAAAGAUGGAUAUGUUGUAGUAUGAGAAUGUAUAAUAAAUUUUUACAUUGAUGGAUCAUUAUAUAGUGUAGGCGCAGUUUAUUUUAUAUGUGAUGUGCGCCGUCCUUAAAAGAAUAAAAAAUUAUUCUCCGA